UGAGAACACCUUCAUGUUUUGUUUUGUUUAAUUUUUUUUUAAAGAUUUUAUUUAUUAUAUAUAAGUACACUGUAGCUGUCUUCAGACACACCAGAAGAGGGCACCGGAUCUCAUUACAGAUGGUUGUGAGCCACCAUGUGGUUGCUGGGAAUUGAACUCAGGACCUCAGGAAGAGCAGUCGGUGCUUUUUUUUUUUUUUUUUUUUUUUUCCGGAGCUGGGGACCGAACCCAGGGCCUUGCACUUCCUAGGCAAGCGCUCUGCCACUGAGCUAAAUCCCCAGCCCCACAGUCGGUGCUCUUAACCACUGAGCCAUCUCUCCAGCCCCCCACCUUCAUGUUUUUAAAAAGAUUUCUGAGACUGACACAUUUAAUCUGUACCCUCCAUCUCGUAAAAUGCUGAUGUCUGCAUCUCAUUUUCCUGAUGGAGACAGAAGCUCAUUAAAAAAAAAUUCAUUAUUAAAACGUUAAUUGGGGCUGGGGGUGUAGCUUGCCUAGCAAGCACAAAGCCCUAGGUUCGAUUCCCUGUAUGAACGCUGUGGAAACAGUGGAACUUGGAAGGUGAAAGCAGGAUGAUCACAAGUUCAAGGUUGCUCAGCUAUACACUGAGUUCCAGGGCAGCCUGGCUACGUGACACCCUGCCCUUCUUCUCCCCCAAAAGAAAGAAAAAUCAAACAGCAACCAAAUUAUAAUUGGUAAAAAUAUAAAUCCUGGGAAGAAAAAAAAUCCGAAUACUGCUUAGUGAGUCCCCAAAUAGCUUAUUCAUAUAUUUCAGAGAUGUAGCCCAAGUUUCCCAGCAGCCAUGCCAAUACACGGUUGAUUUUGAGAUGUAUUCUGUGUUUAUGUCUCUAAGAGAAGGGAACUUUUUCUGCGUGGUUGAACAAGUUGUUCUUGUGGACCCGAGAAGUUUCGAGGGUAAAAGAAGCUGAGGAGGACCGGAGAAGGUCCAGGAGGGCGCAGAGGUGGUUGGCUGCCAGGACAGCAGGUCAGUCAUUAGAGCCAUUCAGAGAAAACUGCCGAGCUGGUCUAGACCAGCCGGCUCUAAGGAUCACACAGGCCCCGCCCAGCCUCGUCGUACCCUUCUCACCAGGCGACUGUGAGGUCACAUUUCUCAGGGAGUAGAGGCCACACAAACUUGGAAGCAAGGCUGUAGCGCCCUGGGCGGGACCAUGAGUGGGGCCUAUGCAAAUAAGAGAAAUCUGGUUGAGUGAGGUAAACUUCACAUCCGGGGCGGGGCCUGCAUAAUCCGGGUGUCAAACGCAGUUGGUACUGAGCAUGCGCUGUAUCAGCACUGGCAACGACGGACAAGGCGUGCUUAGUCCAAAAGAGGAGAUAAAAAUUGGGCAUGCGUACUCGUAGGCUAGUGCCUCUUUAGUUUGGGUGGAGCCUAUUAGUACUGGGGCGGGCCUGCGAGAAGAUUGACAAGAGUUGGAGCCGCUAGAGGGGGGGCGGGGCCGGAGGGGCGGGACCUCGGGUGGCCCGAGGUGGCCCGGUUGCUGGGUGAGAAGCAGCGUAGUCCGAUUCAUCCCAGCCUGGGGAUGGCGUCCCCACGGGAACUGACCCAGAAUCCCCUGAAGAAGAUCUGGAUGCCAUACAGCAAUGGGAGGCCCGCCCUGCACGCCAGCCAACGUGGUGUCUGCAUGACCAACUGCCCGACACUCAUCGUCAUGGUGGGCCUGCCAGCCAGGGGCAAGACCUACAUUUCUAAGAAGCUGACCCGGUACCUCAACUGGAUUGGCGUGCCUACUCGGGAAUUCAACGUGGGUCAGUAUCGCCGGGACAUGGUCAAGACAUACAAAUCUUUUGAGUUCUUCCUCCCAGACAAUGAAGAGGGCCUGAAAAUCAGGAAGCAGUGUGCCUUGGCAGCCCUCAAUGACGUCCGGAAGUUCCUCAGUGAGGAGGGGGGACACGUGGCGGUUUUUGAUGCUACCAAUACCACCCGAGAACGGAGAGCGAUGAUCUUUAACUUUGGAGAACAGAAUGGCUAUAAGACCUUCUUUGUUGAAUCUAUCUGUGUGGAUCCUGAGGUCAUUGCUGCCAACAUCGUGCAAGUGAAGCUGGGCAGCCCUGACUAUGUGAACCGGGACAGCGACGAAGCCACUGAGGACUUCAUGAGGCGCAUUGAAUGCUAUGAAAACUCCUAUGAGUCUCUGGAUGAAGAACAGGACAGGGAUCUGUCCUACAUCAAGAUCAUGGACGUGGGGCAGAGUUAUGUGGUGAACCGUGUUGCCGACCACAUCCAGAGUCGCAUCGUUUAUUACCUCAUGAACAUCCAUGUAACACCCCGCUCCAUCUACCUCUGCCGGCACGGGGAGAGUGAGCUCAACCUCAAGGGCCGGAUUGGUGGGGACCCUGGACUCUCCCCCCGGGGCCGGGAGUUUUCCAAGCACCUAGCUCAGUUCAUCAGUGACCAGAACAUCAAGGACCUGAAGGUCUGGACGAGCCAGAUGAAGAGGACGAUCCAGACAGCCGAGGCGCUGAGUGUCCCUUAUGAGCAGUGGAAGGUCCUCAACGAGAUUGACGCGGGUGUCUGUGAGGAAAUGACCUACGAAGAAAUCCAGGACCACUACCCGCUGGAGUUUGCUCUGAGGGACCAGGACAAGUACCGGUACCGCUACCCGAAGGGCGAGUCCUAUGAAGACCUGGUGCAGCGGCUGGAGCCUGUCAUCAUGGAGCUGGAGAGGCAGGAGAACGUGCUAGUCAUUUGCCACCAGGCUGUGAUGCGUUGCCUCCUGGCCUACUUCCUUGACAAGGCAGCAGAAGAGCUGCCCUACCUCAAAUGCCCCUUGCACACAGUCCUGAAGCUCACACCUGUGGCUUACGGUUGUAAAGUGGAGUCCAUAUUCCUGAAUGUGGCAGCUGUGAACACACACCGAGACAGACCUCAGAAUGUAGACAUAUCCAGGCCUUCAGAGGAAGCCCUUGUCACAGUUCCUGCUCACCAAUGACCCAUGGCAGGCCCUGACCUCUGCGGAGGGGUCACUCCAGGCCACUUCUUCCUGUUUGCUGUAUGAACGGUCACCAUGCAGGAACACUCAUGGGUGGCUGGUAACACUCAGAACCCUCAGCCUAACCCACCUGCCUCCUUGGUGACAACCAGUGACGGGGUUGAGUGUGGCUGCUGACCUGCUGCUGAGAAUCUCUGGGCUACGUGCUCUGCUGCUGGCCCCUUUGCUACAGCUCUCAAGCAGUCCGCCCCCCGGGCUGGCUGCUUUGUGACAUUUGCAACAUUAAAUGAGACACUGAGACAAAAUGUGUCACCUGGAUGUCCCCACUGUGGCCCAGCUGCCUGAAAUGGGCCAGGCAACCCUCGGAAGAGCUCUACCACCCUCUCUGAGGCCACUCUUGGAGGCAGAGGCUAGAUCUUCAUGGGGCCUUAAAUGGAGCUGCCCCAGGUGACGUGGAAAGCCCUUCCUUCUCCUCCUGGAACGGAAGAUGGAGCUUCUACCCACAUCUCCACAUCUGCGGGUGCUCUGGAGAGUAAGUGUGGAAAACACCAUUUGUGACGCCAUUCCUAACGUCUACCACGUUAUACACUGGAAAUCGCUGCGACCCAGGCUGCCUUGUCUAAAUUCUCUCCUGGGGGAUCCUGCAAAGACAGGGCAGCUUUAGGAAGUACCUUCCUGGUGCACACACCAAAGUGCUUGUGGAAACUGGUCUCCCCCAUCCAACUGUGGCUGUCACUGUCUGCACAGAACUGCACACUGGUGACAGGGACAUGCCUUUGUCAGAAAUGGCUCAGAACUGGCGGUCCUGUCAAACUGUUCUCCUGUUUGUCCACCUCCUCAGUGGGACUGAGGAGAGGACAAAGCAAAGAGGCAGCCCAGGCCAUGCCCUGGCCCUACCCUAGUUUUGAUUCAAAUACAAAUUAAACCCUCUGUUCAAACAGCCACAUGAAGCCCGGUGCUUCUCAUGCCCUGAGUUCCUGUGGGUCCCAGUAGCAGAUUCAGGGUCUAAGUUUCAGGUGACCAGCAGGGUGUUAGGCAGGCUGUGGAGAAGGGCAAGACACUUCCUAUAGCGGUAACUGGUUCCUCUAGUGUCCACAGAGCAACCGUGGGGAAGCCUCACCCUGCGUCCAAGAACCUUUCCAAGCCCAAAUCUGGCAGAAUAGUCCACCUUUUUCAGCCCUGCCAGCCCUGAACUGUAGCUUGCAGAUGCCACCUGCCCCUGAAAAGUCAGUGCCAUUAUUCCAAACUGCUGUCAUUGUGGGCCUGGGGCGGGACUCCUGUGCUCAACUCAUCAGACCUCUAAGCCCUAGCCUGAAGCUGGAGGUCCAUAGCACUGCCUUCGGGACACAGGCCCUGCUCGAGUUCUCAGAUCCCUGAUGUGAAUAAUGGCUGGAUGCAGCUUGAGGCAAAGACCACCAAAGUCUUUUUCCUCUGUGCCCAGGGAAGGCAGGAAAUGCUGGACCCAGAGCCUAGGGUUGGGGCAGAAGGAUGUCAGUGGAACAACCCCGCCCUCCAGCCCCUGAAGCAGCGGCUGCAAGGCAGCCACAUAGGGAGGAGCUGCCGACAUUUCCUGCUUUCCCAGGAAUGUAUGAUACUAUGGUUUCCAGUCGUGCAUUGCACCGUGUCCAGCAUUCUUUGCAAUAAAUACCUUAAAAAGAAAA